UGUAGAGGUAAACAUGGCUGCUGUAGGAGCUCUAUCGAGAAUAGUCCGGCUGGGCUCCAGAAUCUGUAAAAACCGUGUAACAUUAGGCGGAAACUCACAGAGAAGAGGAAUAGCCGCAUGCAUCGACCCUUCCCACGGACUCACAGAUGAACAGAAGGAGUUUCAAAAAGUGGCCUUUGACUUUGCAGCCAAUGAAAUGGCCCCACACAUGGCGGAGUGGGACCAAAAGGAAAUCUUUCCAGUGGAGACGAUGCGUAAAGCGGCCCAGCUGGGUUUCGGUGGGAUUUACGUUCAGCCAGAUGUCGGAGGAUCUGGCCUUUCUCGGCUGGACACGUCGAUCAUCUUUGAGGCUUUGUCCACAGGAUGUGUGAGCACCACAGCCUACAUCAGCAUCCACAACAUGUGUGCCUGGAUGAUAGACAGCUACGGCAAUAAAGAGCAAAGGGAAAAGUUUUGUCCUGAUCUCUGUUCUAUGGAAAGGUUUGCCUCCUAUUGUCUCACUGAACCAGGCAGCGGCAGCGAUGCUGCUUCUCUUCUGACCUCUGCACAGCGGAAAGGCGACCAUUACAUCUUGAAUGGCUCAAAGGCCUUCAUCAGUGGAGGAGGAGACACAGAUGUCUACGUCGUGAUGUGCAGAACUGGAGGUAAAGGACCUAAAGGUAUCUCGUGUCUGGUGGUGGAGAAGGGAACCCCCGGCCUCAGUUUUGGCAAAAAAGAAAAAAAGGUGGGCUGGAACUCUCAGCCGACCAGGGCUGUGAUAUUUGAGGACUGUCUGGUUCCAGUGGCGAACCGGCUCGGUGAGGAAGGACAGGGCUUCAACAUCGCCAUGAAAGGCCUGAAUGGAGGCAGGAUUAAUAUUGCUUCCUGUUCUCUUGGGGCGGCGCAUGCUUCUGUGCAGCUGGCGAGGGAUCACCUGUUAGUGCGCAAGCAGUUUGGAGAAACGCUCUCAAACAACCAGUUUCUUCAGUUCAAACUGGCAGAAAUGGCCACCAAGUUGGUUGCGUCUCGCCUUUUGAUACGUGAAGCAGCGCAGGCGUUGCAGGAGAAUCGCUCCGAUGCUGUUGCCAUCUGCUCCAUGGCCAAGCUCUUCGCCACGGACGAGUGCUUUAAUAUCUGCAACCAGGCUCUUCAGAUGCACGGUGGGUACGGUUACCUUAAAGACUACGCAGUGCAGCAGUUUGUGCGGGACAUCAGAGUCCACCAGAUCCUAGAAGGAACCAAUGAAGUGAUGAGGAUGAUCAUUUCCCGAAAUCUGCUGUCGGAGUCGUGAUAAAGCUCGUCCUCUGGAUUUAAACUGACCAUAUUGUUAUGGUCUUCAUAUCUGGUUUGUUACAGUAUGACUGGUACUGCCCUGCACAUCAUAGUUUCUUUUACAAAGGUGCUCAAAAUCCAUUGAGAAUUUUGGGAUAUACCAAUCAGUUAGCAAGAAAUGUUUUUAAAAAAAUAAUGUUGGAUCUUUUAUAUCAUUUUUAGCUACAGUGUUGACUGUCUGAGUAAAAGCUGCACUGACUUCAAACAGCAGAUACACAGAUUCGUGUGCAAUAGAAAUCCGAUCACACUUAUUCUAACAUCAGGAUUCAUCUCAUGAUCUCAAAUAGACUAAAUGUUUAUAUCAGCACAGAGUAGAACUGAUUACUACUAGUGAUGUCUGAAAAGAUCUCAUAAUGCUCGUAUGAAUGAGUCUUUUUUUUUUUUUUUUACCUUUUUAUCAUUUUCUCUUUGGUCUGGCUAAACAUCCAGUAGCUGUAAGAAAAACAACAAUUAUGGAUUUAAAAAAAAAGCAUUUUAUUUCUAUUUUUUAUCCAUAAUUUUUAGCUUGUGUGAAGCCAUUCGUGUGGAAUUUGAGAUUUGGUUUCUGUAUUAAAAGUAGUUGACCAGCUUUUCGUCGAUCAGCCCUGGUGUCUGUAAAGUGGCCUUUCACAUCCUGAUUGUUUUCAUGGUUACUACAUUGUUACCGUAUUUCACCCUGUUUUGUCCUCUUUAGUAUCCAGAAUGAUGUGGUUGGUGUGUUGGAGGUUAUAUAAUGAAAUGUUACACUCCAAAUAAAAUGAUCCAACUUUCUUAAAAAUA